AUGCUCGGGGCACCUUGGGCCAGUGACACCUUUUCAGCAGCCCCAGGCGUCCGCUGCACCUGGCGCAAGGGGCAGCGCCCGCGCGGCAGGCCCCCCUCCUCCAGCCGCCGCGCCGCGGCGCGGCAGAUCUCGGCGGCUGCCUUCUGCGGCGCGCGGCUGGGCACGCCCAGCUGGUGGCAGGCCCCCGCCGCGGCCAUGGCCAGGCGCGGCGGCGGCGGAGAGCCGCGGCGGCGAAACCGCGGCGGCGAGGGCGAUCGCGGCCGGAUCUUCGUAUGCGGGCUCCUGCCCGAGUGCGAGGACGAGGACCUGCUGCGGUACUUCACCAAGUUCGGGCGCGUGGACUCCGCGAGCGUGUGCCGCGCGAAGGACACCGACCUGUCCCUCUGCUGCGGCUUCGUCUUCAUGGGCGACGCGAACACGGCGGCCGCCGUCCUGGAGGCGAAGGCGGAGCACCGGCUCUGGGAGCACCCGGUGCAGGCCUCGAGGGAGCCCGCGGCCGAGUUCGCCGCCCUCAUCGAGGAGCUGGGCGUGCCGCAGAGGAGACUGGCGCCUCGCAGGGCGCAGGCCGACGCCACAGCGGCGCCGCCGCCAGCGGACGGCGCGGCGGCCGAGGCCGCGGAGGGCGGCCCCGGCCCCAGCGCGGAGGCCGCGGGCGCGGAGGGGGCGGAGCCGGCGGAGCAUCGGCCGAGUCGGGGCGGGCAGGACGAGGGCUGGCUCUUCGUCGGCAGGAUCGAGCACGAGACGAGCGAGCAGGAUCUCGAGGCCAUGUUCGCAGCAGCUGGUGCGGUGGAGAAGGUCGAGGUCAUGAGGGACCGGGACGGCGUCUCCAGGAAGUUCGCCUUUGUGAAGAUGUCGGACCAGGCCACGGCGGACUUCAUCCUGAGCAGCGGCCAGGAGUUCAAGCUCCCUGGCGGAGGCACGGUGAAGGUGGGGCCCUACACCGGGAGGGUGAAGCGCAGCAGCGACUUUCCAAGAGACGGCCACGACCGUGGGCGCGGCGAGGGCGGCUGGAACGACCGCGGGCGCGGCGAGGGCGGCUGGGACCGCGGGCGUGGCCACGACAGGGACAACCGUGGCCGCGACUGGGACCAGGGCCGGGCUGGCGAGUGGGGCGGCCAGGGCGGGGGCCGCGACGACGGCCGAGGCGCGCGCGCGCGGAGCCCGACGGGCGGCCGCGGCCGCGGCGACGACUGGGGCGGAGCUCACGGCCACCACAGCUGGCACGGCGACCGUGGCCCCAGGAGCUACGCGCGGACGCCCCCGCCGCCGCCGUCCAGGCAGGGUGCCGACCGCCACGCGGACCGCGGGCCGGCCCGGGACUACGGUGGCGGCGCCUACGCGGGCGGCGGCGCCUACGUCGACG